UUUCUAUACUUAUAUACAUCUCAAAACCUUAUUAGAUUGACAAAUUCUAAGGUUGGUGAGGGCCUGAGGCUGACAUGAGAAACUCAAUUUCUCAGAAAACGUGUUGCAUAUUUUUCUUCCUUGUUCUCUUGUUCCUUCACCUCCAUAAUGUUGAAGGAAUAAUUCGCCCUGCAGGAGCACGAGAAGGAUCUUCAGCAACUGGCCAACAUGACAUCCAUGACCAAGGAGAAGAGUUUGGGGUAGACUAUACUCCUCCAAGUACACAUCCUCCAUUCCUACCUCCUCCAAUAUUAAUGCGAAAAUCAGAUGAUGAGCUUGGGGUAGACAACUAUACUCCCCCAAGGACACAUCCUCCAGUCCAGCCCCCUCCAAUAUUAAUGCAUAACUCAGAAGAUGAAGAUGAUGAGUUCAGUGUGGAUUAUGCUCCACCAAGGACACAUCCUCCACUCCAACCCCCUCCGAUGCAUAACUCAGGUGGCGAAGAUGAGAUUGGGGUAGAUUAUUCUUCUCCAAGGACACUUUCUCCCAAGGAACCCCCAAUACAUUAAUACAUGAGUCAAGAGUGAUUGUGCAAG